GUUCUGCCCGCGGAUUGGCCGGAAACAGGCGCCGCUGCAAGGCCCGCGGAAAACGCGCGCCGAGACCCGCUCCCGCGGUGUUAGUUCUUGCAGCUGGUGGCGGCGGCCGAGGCGGCAUGGAUCUCAGCGAGCUGGAGAGAGACAACACGGGCCGCUGUCGCCUGAGUUCGCCUGUGCCCGCGGCGUGCCGCAAGGAGCCUUGCGCCCUGGGCGUCGAUGAGGCGGGCAGGGGCCCCGUCCUGGGCCCCAUGGUCUACGCCAUCUGUUAUUGUCCCCUGUCCCACCUGGCAGAUCUGGAGGCCCUGAAAGUGGCAGACUCGAAGACCCUAUUGGAGAGCGAGCGGGAAAGGCUCUUUGCGAAAAUGGAGGAGAACAGGGACUUUGUCGGCUGGGCGCUGGACGUGCUAUCUCCAAACCUCAUCUCUACCAGCAUGCUUGGGCGAGUCAAAUACAACCUGAACUCCCUGUCACAUGAUACAGCCACUGGGCUUAUACAGUAUGCAUUGGACCAGGGCGUGAAUGUCACCCAGGUGUUUGUGGACACUGUAGGGAUGCCAGAGACAUACCAGGCGCGGCUGCAGCAAAGUUUUCCCGGGAUUGAGGUGACGGUCAAGGCCAAAGCAGAUGCCCUCUACCCAGUGGUUAGUGCUGCCAGCAUCUGUGCCAAGGUGGCCCGGGACCAGGCUGUGAAGAAAUGGAAGUUCGUGGAGAAACUACAGGACUCGGAUACUGAUUAUGGCUCAGGCUACCCCAAUGAUCCCAAGACAAAAGCGUGGUUGAAGGAGCACGUGGAGCCUGUGUUCGGCUUCCCCCAGUUUGUCCGGUUCAGCUGGCGCACAGCUCAGACCAUCCUGGAGAAAGAGGCGGAAGACGUAAUAUGGGAGGACUCAACACCCGAGGAUCAGGAGGGACUCAGGAAGAUCACAUCCUACUUCCUCAAUGAAGGGUCCCAAGCCCGUCCCCGUACUUCCCACCGUUAUUUCCUGGAACGUGGCCUGGAGUCAGCAACCAGCCUCUAGCAGCUGCCUCUACUCGCUCUAUCUGCCUCCCCAACCCAGACAUUAAAGUUUUUUAAGGAGAACCGCACGUAGGGGAUGUACUUUUGAGACAGAGGUGAGGUGGGAGUGUGCUCUGCAGCUGGGUCCAGCUAUUGCCUUUUGGAACCUUAAACAGAAUGGGUGUUGGUUGAUU